AUGGCCGCGUCCGCAUCACUUGCGUUCCGAUCCGUACGCAAACAGUCCAUCUCCACCGCUUCCUCGCCUGCAUUCGACCCCUCCUCAAUAUCCGCCGCAUCCAUGCCGCUCUCGCCCUCGCCCUUGCCAGGCACAAACGCCUCGGCCGCAUCAUCCGUCGCCAGCUCCUCCGCAGAUGGAGGCAUCGGAUCCUCCCUCAUCGGGCCCGGCGGCGCAGCUCUCAUGGCAGGCGCUCCCGCAGCCGCCAACACCAUCGCCAACAAGCAGGCCGUCGCAGGCUCCUCCCUCUACCAGGCCUGCCUCAACCUCCGCGACCGCCUCUACUGCGUCCCCGGCUUCGGCGAGGCCUACCUCGACGAAAUCAGCGCCCCCUCCCUCACAUCCCCCUCCACCCCCUCCGAUCCACUCUCGCCCACCGUCUCGGCCAGCAGCCCCACCUCGCCCGAUGCCGCGCCCAUCCGCAAGUCCAGCAGCGACCCCGUCACGCAGCUCUGGCAGUGCUUCCGCCUCGGAUCGCCCCUCUGCGCCCUCUUCAACACCUUGAAUCCAGACGUAGAGCUCCCCGUCAACCCAGACGCAAAUCGCUCCAACGCCAACGCCUGCAAGGCCCAGGUCAUGAAGUUCAUCAUCGCACUCAAAGAGAAGCUCGGCUGGGACCCGGACGACAUCUUCACCGUAUCCCAGCUCUACCUCAACGACACCAAUGGCUUCGUCAAGGUCGUCCGCACCAUCAACAGGCUCCUCGACGUCCUCCAAGAGCGCGGCCUCCUCAUCGAGACCAACCGCAAGUCGGACAACGACGACAUCGACCAUCCCUCCGACGACCGCGCCAAGGUCAUCCGCGAGCUCCUCACCACAGAGCGCAAGUACGUCCAGGACCUCGAGGUGCUCCAGAACUACGCACGCGCCCUCGCACAGUACGACAUCCUGCCCCCAGACACCCUCCACAACCUCUUUGGCAACCUCAACAAGCUCGUCGACGUACAGCGCCGCUUCCUCAUCUGCGUCGAGGAGAACGUGCGCCGCACGCCCGACGAGCAGCACUUUGGCCACGUCUUCAUGACCAUGGAGGACGACUUUGCCGUCUACGAACCCUUUUGCGCAAACUACAACCUCGCCCUCGACCUCAUCAACCAGGAGGCGCACAACCUCGUCCGCCUCAAGGGCAUGCCCGCCGCACACGGCUGCUACCUCGACCCCGCCUACGAGCUGCCCACCUUCAUGAUCAAGCCCGUACAGCGCAUCUGCAAGUACCCGCUCCUCCUCGAGCAGCUCCUCAAAAAGACCCAGGAGGACGCGCCGCGCUACCAGGAGCUCCAGGACGGCCUCGAGGUCAUGCGCAGGAUCACCGACAAGGUCAACGAGACCAGCCGCCUCCAGGAGAAUGCACAGCUCGUCAAGGAGCUCGAAUGGCGCGUCGAGGAUUGGAAGGGCCACAACAUCAAGACCUUUGGCCUGCUCCUGCUCUCGGACGUCUUCCUGGUCGCAAAGAGCGACACCGAGCGCGAGUAUCACGUCUAUCUCUUUGAAAAGAUCCUGCUCUGCUGCAAGGAGAUCGCGCCCGCCGCACAGAAGAAGGGCGCAAAGAACAACUCGCUCCUCAAACAGAAGGGUGGCAGCGCCGCUGGAGCCGCAGCAGGCGGCAAGAAGGCAAAGACCACGCUCCAGCUCAAAGGUCGCAUCUUCAUCAACAACGUCACCGGCGCCUUUGCCAACUCCAAGAUGAGCAGCAUCCUCGGCGCGCCGAGUGGACAGCAUGCGCUGCAGGUGUGGUGGCGCGGCGACGUCGACCACGAGUCGUUUGCGCUCAAGUGCAAGAACGAGGAGCAGCUCAAGCUGUGGCAGACGGCCAUCAACAAGCUCAUCGACGAGGUCAACAUGCGCCGUCAGCAGGCCGCCGCACAGCACUACUCGCAGCAGCAGCAGAGCAUCAACAUGGCCGGCGCCGGCGCGCUCGGCAGACGCAUCACCCAGACCACCUCGCACUUCCCACAGACGCCGCUCUCCGAGAUGGCGCCCGUCAAUCCCUUUUCCGCCUUGCCACCCUCGGGGCUGUCGCGGACGCAGAGCCAGGCCAGCUCCUACCGCUACGACGACGAGGAUUCCGAGGGUCAGCAGAGCUACUACGAGUCGAAUUCGGGCCGUGCAACGCCCGCGCAAGGGCGCUACUCGCAGACCGGCUCCGAGGCGAGAGAGCGCCAGAACUCGCUUGCCUCUUCGACCGAUCUCCGGCCGCGCGCACGCACCGAGGACCAGGACUCGAGCGUCAUGGCACAGUGGAGGUCGCACUCGCCCGCGGUGCCGCCGCCCAUGCCGCGCGGCCUGAGCUACUCGUCGGGCGCCGACCAGCACCAGCACGCGCUGCGCAAGGCUAGCUCGUCGCGGCAGCUGCGCCAGGCCAACGGCGUGCAGGCGGGCUAUGCGCGCACGCCGCGCGCUGCCGGCGUCGACGGCGGCGCGGUCGAGUACCUCGACGGCUCGUCGGACUCGGCGUCGAGCGACUUCAAGUACGGCAGGCCGCGCGGCGACUCGGUUGCGUCCAACAUGUCGCGCACCACCUCCGACUCGGGCGCGGUGCACAGCCGUUCGAGAUCCGCGUCGAAUCCGCAGAUGUACGCGCUGCCGCCGCACAUGCAGGGUCCGCCACCACCCAUGCCCAAGGUGCCGUACGGCGCCGGCCUGGCCGACCACCUCAAGAGCGCCAACGCCAGCUCGGCGUCGCUCGGCGGCAGCGGCGCGCCCGCUGCGGCUGCGGGUGCGCCCGCCGCUGUUCCGGCGAGCGCGGGCGGCGUGGAUAAGCGAUUCUCGAGCUCGUCAAUCGCAACGUCCGAGUCCGGCCAGUCGGGUUCGAGGCCGCAGUCGUCGACGGCCGCAUCGUCGCCCGUCAACGUGACCAACUCGACCGGCUCCAGUGCAUCCUCGGCCAUGCUGCGCACGAGCAAUCUGUCUGCCAACGGCGCGCGCGCGGCGGCACCCCCCGCACCCCCCGCAUCAGCACCGCCGAUGACCACGUCCAACUCGAACGCGGUCAAGCUCAUUGUCAACUUUGGCGACGACAAGUUUGUCGUCGUCGUGCUCACCACCAUCGGCUUUGGCGCGCUCGCCGACAAGGUGGCCAAGAAGGUACGCGUAUGCUCCGGCCGCCCCAUCGAGCUGCCGCUGCGCAUGCGCUACAUCGACGAGGACGGCGACAGCGUGCUCAUGUCCGACGACGACGAUGUCCAGAUGGCCUUUGAGGGCGCGCGCCGAACAGGCCACGUCGAGCUCCUCGUCACCGCCAAUCCCACCGCCUAG